GGACCUGGGCCUCAGCCUGUUUCGACAACUUCACAGAAGCACUGGCCAAGACAGCCUGCAGACAGAUGGGCUAUGACAGCAAGGACUAGCCUGGUUCUGUUGGGGCCUUCACCAGAGGCCCAGCUCUCUCAUGGAAGUGCGGAAGCAGGAGUGGAAGGAAGCCAACCCGCUUUCAGAGCAGUGGAGAUCCGUCCAGAUCAGAACCUCCCUGUUGCUCAAGUCACAGGAAACAGCCAGGAACUUCAGGUGCAGAAUGGAAACAGAUCCUGCCUCUCAGGCUCCCUGGUUUCCUUGCGCUGCCUUGACUGUGGGAAGAGCCUGAAGACUCCUCGUGUGGUGGGUGGGGUAGAGGCCCCUGUAGAUUCUUGGCCAUGGCAGGUCAGCAUCCAGUACAACAAGCAGCAUGUCUGUGGUGGGAGCAUCCUGGAUCCCCACUGGAUCCUCACAGCAGCCCACUGCUUCAGGAAGUAUCUUGAUGUGUCAAGCUGGAAGGUGAGGGCAGGCUCAAACAAACUGGGUAACUCUCCAUCCUUGCCUGUGGCCAAGAUCUUCAUCGCUGAACCCAAUCCUCUGUACCCCAAAGAGAAGGACAUUGCCCUUGUUAAGCUGCAGAUGCCACUCACAUUCUCAGGCUCAGUCAGGCCCAUCUGCCUGCCCUUCUCUGAUGAGGUGCUUGUCCCAGCCACACCAGUCUGGGUCAUUGGAUGGGGCUUUACAGAAGAAAACGGAGGGAAGAUGUCUGACACGCUGCUGCAGGCGUCAGUCCAGGUCAUUGACAGCACACGGUGUAAUGCAGAGGAUGCCUACGAAGGGGAAGUGACCGCUGAGAUGCUGUGUGCAGGUACCCCACAGGGUGGCAAGGACACCUGCCAGGGUGACAGUGGUGGGCCUUUGAUGUACCAUUCUGACAAGUGGCAGGUAGUAGGCAUCGUGAGCUGGGGCCAUGGAUGUGGAGGCCCAAGUACUCCUGGAGUGUAUACCAAGGUCACUGCCUAUCUCAACUGGAUCUACAAUGUUCGGAAGUCUGAGAUGUAACGCUGCUGUCCCCCACAUCCAGAAGCUGCUAUCCUUCAGACCUACCUACUGCGUGAUCCCUCAAAGUCAGACAUGGGACAAGAGCCUCCUUGAACAAACUCUGGUAUCCCUGCAGCAAGCAAGGAUACAUUGCAGAGGUGCCCGGAGUGGAGUCAGAUGGGCUAGCUCAGCCACCCCUGCAUCUCCCAAACCCUGGGAGACAUGUGGCCCAUGGGAGUAAAUCCAGGACAUUGACUCGACUCUCAGAAGUGUUAUUCAGCCAAGGAGGCUCUCCCUUCUACUGAAGGAAGGAAAGUCAGCUCUCUCAUGAAAGGCCAGAUCACUGGCUGAGUAGAUGAGACAAGGGUCUGAAAGGCCUUUGUCAUCUUCUUUGCCCAGUCCUGAAAGCACUGACGUAAGAGUUCAGUCAGUUCUAAUGUAAGGUGUAUAUUUUAGUGUCAGGGUACUGUUAUUGUCACCCCUGUGGUCAAUAUCAUUAAACAGGUAUGAGAAAUCGCUGGCAUAGACUUCCUGGACUGCUUAAUAAGAAUCCAACUAAGGCUGUCACAUGACUGUUCCCCAGAAAAUGUGAACAAGUAUCCAUCUGACACACGGCACCAAUGACAAACCAAAGAAGUUAUUCUGCCUGAGUCUCGGUUGCUGAACCAAUAAAUUAGCUGCGGUUUCUUGCAUAU